AUGUCAGCCCCACCAGACUACCCAGCUUGGAGUCAUGCGGUAACUCGACGUAUCUUCAACGUCACCGUCUCGCACUCAGAGGGCGAAGCGAGCGGGUGGACGCUCACCUACCUCAAGGACCUCGCCUCCGAGUUGACCCAGGAGCAGCAAGGAAGUAGCGAGGGAGGCGCCAAGCUGAAUCCUUCCCUCGCAGACCGUAUCAUCAUCGCCCGCUUGUCCCUAGACGCCAAUGACACCUCCAGCGAUGAUCCGGAGAUGUUGACCGUCCUGGCUAGCUUGGACCCGGACCAGACGAGCUGGGAUUGGUUGAUUGAAUGCUGGCGGCGCUGUCAAAGGGAAAAGGCAAAGGCGAAGAAGGUGAGGCACCGAUCGUGGGCCGAUCGUGAGCUGGGGCUUGGCGACUAUGCAACCCAAGGCCUCGCAGCCCUCGAAUCCGCCUCGAAUCUCCUCGUCUCCUAUGCCGGUCUGGUCCUCAUCACCCCGGAGAUGUUCCCCUGUGAGACAAAGAGCAAUGGCAACAAGCUCUCUCCACUCGCUCUCGUGCCAAGCAUCCUCAACCUUUCAGGCGCAGCAACGGGAGGAGCAGCGGAAGGAUCGUCAUCCUCAUCAGCAUCAUGGGCCGUCCUGGACCAAAACGAGAUUGUCAUCUUCACCCAACAGCUCGUGGCGCGAUUUGAUGCGGAGGAGCUCGGUGAGAUUCUCGGUCCCGCUCUGCAGGAGAUCACUAGAAGGAUACGCGAUGGACUCGAUGAUCCGGCACAGCAGCACCAGCCGCCACUCGGCGGCGCUCCCAAUUCAGCUCCUGGCGGCGGCGGCGCCAAUCAGAACAACGCCGCAGCUCUCCAAGCUGCCGCUCAGGCCGGUGACGUACGUGCGGUACUUGCUCAACUUCUCGGAGGUGCGGGUGGACCCGCCGCUCCGAACGGUCAAGGGGAAAUGGACGCUUUCGGUCGCCUAGCGACUGGUCGCCCCGACCGCAGCAUGCACAUCGGUGGCUUCGACUGGCGUUCCCAUGUCCUUCCCAUUGUGGAGCUCGUCGACAGCUCCAAACUUCUAGCCUCUAGUGUCGCCCAGCUGCCCACAUUCAACCCUGACUCCGCCACAGCACCCCGCCUCGAGCUUGACUCUGUUCUUGGGCCCAUCUUCCGCCUCAACGCUUUCAGCGACGGAGCUCCCUCUCUCGCAGAGCAGUACUUCUCCAAUCCUACCGUCCGCUCAAAAGCAGAGCUGGAGGCUAACACGAAUUCAAUGCGCGCGACGUUGGAUCAGGUUCAUGCUUUCCACUUCAGGCUGUGGCAGGCAAUGGUGAAGGCAUCGCCGGAGAGCAGAGAGAGGGUUCUGCAGUACUGGGGUCGCGUGGCGGACUUGAAUAGGAGGAGGGGCGCGAUGAGGGUCAAGGCGAGGGAGGUGGGGAGCGAUGGGUUUACAGUGAACAUUUGGGAGUCGCUCCAGCGCUUUGCCGUCCCCUUCAUGGAUGUGGCCUACAGCAAGAUCGACCGCAUCGACCCUGAAUACCUGCGCAGGCAGAAGCGCUACGACACCUCCACCCUCACGCGCCUCAACGCAUCAGAACCAGAGGCAGCAAAGUGGGCCGAAGAGGCAGCGGAUGUGGACACGCCGCCCAACUUCAUCACCGAAGUCUUCUACCUUGUUGUCCGCAUGACCAAUCUCGGGCCCGGCAAAGCGAUCCGAAGCUACAAUGAGCGCGAGGACACUAUGCGCCGCAUGAAGCGCCGUAUCAAGGAGACGGAAGAGACUCGCGGGACCUGGGGCAGCACACCGCAAGCAGCGCAGUACGAGGCCUUCAUCAAGCGCGGCAACGAAGAAGUAGAGCGCUACAUGGCUGAGUCACAUGCAGCGGCCACGCAGCUCCUCGACCCGGGCUUCAUCGACAGGCUCACCCAUCUCAUUGGCUUCACCAUGACCUGGCUAGUCCGCAUCGCCGACCCUAAUCGCUCACACCCGCACACGCAAGUGUCCCUCCCUCUCCCGCAGGAGGUACCGGAGCACUUCCGCAUGCUGCCCGAGCACAUCUUCGAAGACAUCUGCGACAUCCUCCUCUUCCUUGCACGACAUCGCCCGGACUGCUUGCCGGAGGCCGUCAAGAAUGACUUUGUGACUUUCACGGUGACCUUCUUGAGCUCCGGGUGGUACAUCAAGAAUCCGUUCAUCAAGGCAAAGUUGGCAGAGAUCAUGUGGUGGAACGUUAUCCCCUAUGGAUACUCCAAGACGGGUAUCCUUGGUGAUGUCAUCAACUUGCAUCCUCUUGCACUUCAGCAUCUGGUCCCGGCCUGCAUGAGCUUCUGGGUCGAAGCGGAGAGCACGGGCUCGCACACGCAAUUCUAUGACAAGUUCAACAUCCGCUACCACCUCAGCCAGAUCUUCAAGGUCAUAUGGGCUAACCCUAGGCAUAUGGAGCGCGUUCAGGCGGAAGCCAAGGGAAACUCGGAGCAGUUUGUCGUUUUUGCCAACAGACUGAUGAACGACGUGACCUUCCUGCUCGACGAUGCACUAGAGAAGCUGCAGGAGCUCCACACUAAGCAGCAACAAAUGGACGACGCCUCCACGUGGAACGACAGACCAGCGGAGGAGCGUCAAGAGAUCGAGAGUGCUGUGCAGUCCACGCAAGGGCAUAUCCGCAGCAUGCUCGACUUCGGUAACGAGUUCCUGCGCUUGCUCAUCGACUUUACGAAAGAGACCAAAGACGCCUUCAUGACGCCCGAGAUUGUCGAUCGUUUGGCAGCGAUGCUUGACUACAAUCUGGAUCUGCUCGUAGGACCGAGGUGUACGGAGUUGAAGGUCAAGGACCCGCAACGCGUUCACUUUGACCCUAAGGCUCUUCUCUCCUCCAUUCUAUCCGUCUACCUCAAUCUUUCCACCCGUCCCGAGUUCAUCUCGGCGAUCGCAGCAGACCAACGAUCCUACCGUCGUUCGAGCUUCGACAAGGCUCGCUCCCUCUGCGCCCGCUUCGGCCUCAAGGCACCAGACGAAAUCGACUCCCUUCUCGCUCUCGCCGAUGCGGUCGACAAGAAGGUGGCAGAGGCGGCGGAAGAGGACGAGGAUCUGGGAGAGAUUCCAGAUGAGUACGCUGAUCCGCUCAUGGCUACCGUUAUGCGCAAUCCCGUACGCUUGCCUACGUCAGGUGCCGUUCUGGACCUCAGUACGAUCAAGGCGCAUCUGUUGAGCGAUGCUAGUGAUCCUUUUAAUAGAGCGCCGCUCAAGCUGGAUCAGGUCAAGGUGGACGAGGAGUUGAAGGCGGAAAUUGAGAAGUGGAUUCAGGAGAGGAAGGAGGCUGCAAAGAGAGGAUAG